AUGCCAGAGGUCGAAACAAACACGGAUGCGAACGAGGAGGCCGCCGGAGCCGAGAAUGCCGCCGUCGCCGCAUCGGUAGCUGUGAGGUUACCCGAUUUCUGGCGCAACGACCCCGCCAUGUGGUUUGCACAGGCUGAGGCCCAAUUCGCCCUGGCCGGCGUUGUUCGGGACCACACGAAGUAUAACCACAUAGUGGCCAAAGUGGACCAGCAGACAAUUUGCCACAUAGCGGACUUGGUCACUGACCCUCCUCUAACCAACAAGUAUCCCGCAAUCAAAAGUCGGCUCAUUUCCCGUUUCGUGAUGUCACCUCAAGGCAAACUCGAACAACUUCUCGGUUCGUGUGACCUCGGUGACAUGCGUCCCACACACCUGCUGGCCAAAAUGCAGGAGCUGUCAAUGGGAUUGAACGUCAACCCCGAAUUGCUGAAGAUGCUGUUUCUCCAGAGGAUGCCGGCGAACGUCAAAGCGAUACUUGCCAUCAGCGACGGGAGUUUGACCAAGUUAGCGGAGAUGGCGGACAAGAUGCUGGAGUCGACAAGCCGUAUCAACAGCUGCGCACUCGGAGGAUAUGUCAACAGACGAUUUGCGCGAACAAGUUGCUUUCCUGACGGCGGAGGUUCGGAGGAUGCGGACAAGAUCAACUUCGAGGGGCCGAUCUGUAUCGAGGCCCGGGCGUUCUGCGGAGGAGAUCUGUUGGUACCACAAGAAGUAUGGUACUCGGGCCACAAGGUGCCGAGAGCCGUGUGGGCGGCCUAUCGCAAAGUCGCCGUCUUCAUCUACGAUCGUUCGAGCAAAACAAAAUAUUUGAUCGACACGGGGUCGGACGUGUCAAUCGUUCCGGCUCAAAUGUCAGACAAACGAAACCCAACAUCUGACAUCCAGCUUCACGCCGCAAAUGGAAGCAACAUCAAGGUCUACGGCUCUCGCUUCGUAAACACCGACCUUGGCCUUCGAAGGAAGUUCUGCUGGAAUUUCCUGAUUGCGAAUGUGGGGAUGGCAAUAAUUGGCGCCGACUUCCUCGCAAACUUCGGUCUUCUCGUCGAUUUGAAGAACCAUCGCCUCACCGACGGAAAAACAGGACUGCAGUCAUCGGCCGGAUUGACAUCUGCUGCUGUUUUCGGCGUGACUACGGUUGGGUUCGACCAUCCGUUCCGAGACCUUCUGCAGGAAUUCCGGGUUAUCACCGUCCCGAACUCGAUGCAAACAGCUGCAAAGCACGACGUCAAGCAUUUCAUCGAAACAAAAGGUCCCCCCGUUGCAUUCAAGGUUCGUCGCUUGGCACCGGACAAGGUCGACGCAGCUAGAGCGGAGUUCAAGGUUAUGUGCGAUCUUGGAAUAGCGCGUCCUUCAUCGAGCAGCUGGGCAAGUCCUCUACAUUGUGUCCCCAAGAAGGACGGACAGUGGCGUUUUGUGGGUGACUAUCGCGCGCUCAAUAAGGGAAAGUCCAUUUUUACAACGUUGGACAUGAUUCGCGCCUACCACCAAAUCCCUGUGAACGAGGAGGAUAUAGAGAAAACGGCCGUAAUCACACCGUUCGGCCAUUACGAGUUCCCCAGGAUGCAGUUCGGCCUAUGCAACGCGGGGCAGACCUUUCAGCGGUUCAUGCAUAAGGUGCUCGGCGACCUGGACUUCGUCGUCGUUUACAUGGACGAUAUCUGUAUUGCAUCUGCCACCGCGGCGGAGCACAAGCAGCACGUGCGGAAGGUCUUCGAGCGCCUACGAGAUUUCGGAUUGGUCAUUAACAUGGCCAAAAGCAAGUUCGCUCGGGAACAAGUUGAGUUUCUCGGCUACGUCGUCAGCCACGAAGGUGUCCUGCCGCUUCCGGAUCGUGUGAAAGCUGUGAGCGAUUUCCCGGAACCAGCGACGGUGAAAGAUCUGCGGCGGUUUUUAGCGCUCUUGAACAGCUACAAGCGAUUCAUCCCACAUGCUACCGAUGUCCAGCUUGCGUUGCGAAACCUCAUCCCCGGGAACAAGAAAAACGAUACCCGAAAGCUCGUUUGGACGGAGGCAGCCCGAUCAGCAUUCCGGGAGUGUAAGCGGUCUCCAGGCCCGUAUCCAGGAUACUUCAAUGGGGGGUGUUUCGCCCCAUAA